AUGGCCCGGCCCAGACUCCCCACACCCGUCCCGCUACUCGUCUGGAGGCCCAAGCUGCGCCCGGCGCCGCCGGCCCCCGACAACCACUUUAUCGUGGCGGCACAGCCGCAAGUCAUCCUGCAGCUCAACCUCUGCGUCCACCUCACCCUCAUACCAAACUACAGCUUCCUACCACGCAAUGAGGAGGUAGAAGUUGACCCCAACCUCGUGAGGCACACGGCCCUGACCAUUGUUGGGCCGAUCGUCGACAUACGAGAGCUGGGGGCGGGGCACCUCUCGAUCACGAUAGAAAACCUCUUCCAAGGCUCAGACGUUGUGCACGCCUUCCUAAAAGUCAUCCCCGAAAGCGGGGUAAUGGUGGACAAGGGCAUAGGGAGAGCCCUCACCGCCAGACUCGAAACCCUCAUCCUCAUGGCGGAACUGGAGGGGUGCGAGGUACACGACCUCAACAGACGGAACCCGGCGAACCGUGGACCCCAAGUGCGCUACACGGCGGAAGACCUCACGCCACGACCCGCCCUCCGACCCCUGCAGCCCGAGGCGCAGAAGGGAAACCCCCACGCCGCUCCCGUAUGGCCCCCUCGCCAUCGCUGA